AUGGCUCCAGCAACUGCAAUUCAGAAGCUCCACAAGGCUACCAGAAACCACCAAAAUGCCCUCGGUGGUGGUUGGGCCACUCCCUUCCCUCGCGACAUUCUCAAGCAGCAGCAAAAGUCCGCUGCUGCAAAGGCAACCAAGGUCAUCAAGGUUCGCCCACAGCCCUCAAACUUCUUCAAGAGUCCCGAAGAGCUCCUCGCCAUCGCCGAGAAAUCCACAACCAUCAAGGCUCAGGCAAAGCCCAUCUAUCUCGGCCGCAACAACAGUGCAUCUGAGCCUGUCAUGACAUGCAACAAGGCCAGGGCUCGUCAAGACUCCUUGGCACCACUCUCGCCUACUCCCGAGGCAAAGCGCACUCCCAACCCCAACCCCAACAACAACGGAACAAGCAUCAAGAGCAGCUCUUGCUCUCCCACCAGUGCCAGAGGUGUCCACCUGCUGCUGUCCAUCAUCGAAUCGCGCGACUACGACAAGUGGACUGCAGCUCUGGAACAACACUGCAGCCUGUUCCACGAUGACAUCAACGCGUACUACUCGAGCAUCGAGUUUGGUUCUCACAACUCGCGCUACCAUGUCUAUGCCAACUGCGAGAACAAGGUCAUGGCCAUGCUGCUCAAGAGCAAGCUCGACGGCGACAUCAUCCUCGGCAAGCAGUUGAUCUGCGAAUUCAUCUAA